AUGAAGAAGAAGCAGCAGCACGGCGGCGGCGGCGGGGACUGCCCGGCGCCCCGGCCCCCCGCGGCGGCAGCGGCAGCGGCAGCGGGAGGGGACCCGGGCCCGGGCCAGGGCGGGGGCUGGAAGAGGCGGCGGCCCCUCUCGCUGCUGCCCUUCCUCUCGCUGCGCGACUACGGCUUCUGCAUGGCCGCCCUGCUGCUCUUCUGCCUGGGCUCCCUCUUCUACCAGCUCAACGGGGGCCCCCCGCACUUUCUGCUGGACCUGCGGCACUAUCUGGGAAAUUCCACUUAUUUGGAUGACCAUGGACCACCCCCUCAAAAGGUACUUCCUUUCCCCAGCCAGGUGGUCUACAACAGAGUUGGAAAGUGUGGGAGUCGAACUGUGGUUUUGCUUUUGAGAAUUUUAUCAGAGAAACAUGGUUUCAACCUGGUUACAUCUGACAUCCAUAACAAGACAAGACUGACCAAAAAUGAACAGAUGGAAUUGAUUAAAAACAUAAGCACUGCUGAGCAGCCCUAUUUAUUCACUAGACAUGUUCAUUUCCUCAACUUCUCAAGGUUUGGAGGAGACCAGCCAGUGUACAUCAAUAUUAUUAGAGAUCCUGUCAAUCGAUUUUUAUCCAAUUAUUUUUUUCGACGUUUCGGAGACUGGAGAGGAGAACAGAAUCACAUGAUCCGUACCCCCAGCAUGAGGCAGGAGGAAAGAUACCUGGACAUUAAUGUAUGUAUCCUUGAAAACUACCCCGAAUGUUCCAAUCCCAGGUUAUUUUACAUCAUACCAUAUUUCUGUGGACAGCAUCCAAGAUGCAGGGAGCCUGGUGAAUGGGCUCUUGAAAGAGCAAAGCUGAACGUUAAUGAAAAUUUUCUGCUUGUGGGCAUUCUGGAGGAGCUGGAGGAUGUGCUGCUUUUAUUAGAAAGAUUCUUACCUCAUUAUUUCAAGGAUGUGCUUAGCAUCUACAAAAACCCAGAACAUAGGAAACUUGGCAAUCUGACUGUGACAGUGAAAAAGACCGUCCCCUCUCCAGAAGCAAUACAGAUCCUCUACCAACGCAUGAGAUAUGAAUAUGAGUUUUAUUACUAUGUCAAAGAACAGUUCCACCUGCUAAAGCGCAAGUUUGGACUGAAGUCUCAUAUCAGGAAACCGCAUCCCAGACCCGAGUUCUUCAUUCCUUCUCCUCUGGAAACAGAGGAACCGAUAGACGAUGAGGAAGAAGAUGAUGAAAAGUGGCUAGAGGAUAUCUAUAAAAGUGGAGGUAAAGUGCUGUUAUCCCCAUUUCAUACAUUGGGAAUGGAUACAGCAAGUGGGUAA